AUGUUUGAUGGAGCAGCUGUAAUACACAUGCUUAAUCCUGGUAUUGCUACAACAUUUUCCGGAUACUAUGAACUUAUUUUCAAGCCAUAUUUCAGUAAUCAACUAAAAAAUAGUUCACGAAUAGAUAUUGUUUUUGACAGAUAUAUUAGUAACAGUCUGAAGGCAGGCACCCGAGAAAGUAGAGGAAGUGGCAUAAGUAUUAAAGUAUCAGACUCAACUGCAAUACCAAAAAAAAUUAAGCAAUUCCUAUGUGUCGACGAAAAUAAAACACAAUUGUUCCAGUUGCUGGCCAAGAAAAUGGUGGAAGACCUGCAGUACCCGGGAAAGCAAGUCGUCUGUACAUAUGAUGACCAAGUUCUCACGUCAACCACUAUGGAUGUUUCAAGCAUUUCUCCUGCCUCACACGAAGAAGCAGAUGGCCGCCUCUUGCUCCAUGUUAAGCAUGCAGUGGAAAGUGGACAUACUUGCAUCCUAAUACGAACUGUAGAUUCAGAUGUAGUGGUUAUUUCAAUAUCACUGUUUCCACAGAUACUAGGUAUUGAUGAACUUUGGAUUGAGUAUGGUUGUGGGAAAUAUAGGAAAUUCAUUCCAAUUCAUGAGAUUUGUACUACCCUCUCACCUGAAAUUUGUAGAAAUUUGUUAGCUUUUCACUCUGUAACUGGUUGCGAUACAGUUUCCACAUUUUGUGGCAUUGGCAAGAAGACAUCUUGGAAGGUCUGGAUGUCAUUUCGUGAAAUUGAUUGUGUAUGGAAUCAGCUCUGUACAGGCACCUCUGAUAUUGAUGAUGAAUGUCAUAAUCUGUUGCAGCGUUUUAUUGUUCUACUUUAUGAUAAGACAUCAGAUAUACAGAACAUCAAUGAGUGCAGACGAGUGUUGUUUACAAGAAAAAAUCGAGCAAUCGAAAAUAUUCCUCCUACAGCAGAUGCUUUGAGACAACAUAUCAAACGAGCUGCUUUUCAAGCAAGAAUUUUGAACAACAGUCUUGAUUCACAAUACACAGUACCUUCGCCAACCAACUGGGGAUGGUCACAAACUUCAGAAGGAUCAUACCAACCUGUGUGGACGACAAUUCCAGAAGUGUCAAAACACUCUGUAGAACUUACCUCUUGUACUUGCCGCAAGCGAUGCACAAGUGAGAAAUGUAAAUGUGUCAAAAUGGGAGUACGAUGUACCAAACUUUGUGUAUGUGAAGGACAGUGCUCCGAAAGUGAUUGGUGA